AUGCAAAUAAGUAAAGAAAUGUCAAGGCACAAAGUAACACUUGAAUAUAAAGAAACAACGUCACCGUCUGAUUUAUCAAUAACUACAAGCGUCCAGACAACUUUUCCAGGCACUGACAUAAUGAGUGAGGAUACAGACACAACAUCAACGGUUGUAAUGGUAGUUACCCAAAACAUCCAGACAACUAUUCCUGACACAGAAAUAAUAAUGAAAGGUCAUUAUAACAACUACGUUUUAUUUGCUGCCGCGUUUAUCGUUGUGUUACUAAUAUCUAUUGGGUGUAAUAUAUGCAUUAGUAACUACAGACAAAGAGCAAUGCAGAGGGCGAUGGCACAACAACUAAAGAUUCAAAAUCCGCAAUCUUUUGACGAAACUAUUCAGGAAUCAGAUUCAGCUGGUGCAAUAAGUCACGUUUCGUCUAAAUAUGAGACUAUAAAUGAAAAUAAUAUGACAAUGCCUAAUUUUGAAAACUGUGAACACAAGAUACAAAGUCAAACAUUUAACAGAACAUCAUCACCGGUAUUGAACCAAUCAUACCUUGAAGUUAUAGGGGAUGAUGAUUAUUUUGCCUCAAAAGAAGAAACAGUUGAAUCAUCUUCUAUGACAAAUAAUAAAAAUAGCACGUUUGAAUCGAAGGAAAUAUUUGCAGACAAUAUAGAUGCUGAAGAUGCCUCAUAUCACUCUAUAUUAUCAGAACAGUUUAAUGAAACUGACAUGUUUUUAUCAUCAAAUAGUUCAAUUCAUUUAGACAUGAACAGUGUUAACAAAGAUAUAACCAGAAAAUAUAAUUCAACAAAGAAAAGAGAAUUUGUAAACCCUUAUUCGACUUUGAAAACAAGUGAAAUGCAAAACUAUCAAAUCUUUUAUACAGCUGUCACAUGUAAACAUGAAACAGAAAUCCUGACUCAAAAGGUAAAACCAUCUUAUGAAAAGAUGAAAAGAAAUUCGUAUCCUUGA